CUAGGUUCCUAUUAACCACCUUGGUUACUAUAAAAUAUUACGCUGCCUCUGUCAGUUCCGAAGUAGCUUGGUCUCCGUGAGAAGUGAAAAUGGCAACUCAGUUUUUAAUCCGAACUUCAUACAAAGCUGUGCGCUUGGCAGCAGCGAACCACCUCUCAAGAACUCCCGUAAGAGUUAUGAGCACUGCAAAGGGCAUCCCAACCAAUGAGGAGCAAGCCACAGGGCUGGAGCUCCGAGCUCUACUGGCCCAGAAGAAGGGAAAGGACCCGUAUAGUAUUUUCAGGCCUAAGGAGUAUGCAGGAACCAGUGAGGACCCACAUAUUGUUCCUUCCAUCGGCGACAAGAGACUGGUUGGCUGCCUCUGUGAGGAAGAUAACACUGCCAUUGUCUGGUUCUGGUUACACGAAGGGAAUCCAGAGCGCUGUCCAUCCUGUGGAUCGCAUUACAAACUGAUUCAUCAAGAGCUUCCACAUUAAACGGGAGGAGGUAUCCAAAGAAACCACUCAUUUAAUGUCUUUUUAUUAAAUGGAGAUGUGUGCUCUUUAAAGAAUUAAACAAUUCAAUAAAGUGUUUGUCUGA